CUGACGUAAAGAGUUUAUUGUCAGACUAUAUAAACUGCAACAGAGAAAGCACUUUUCAUACUCUUACAAAAGGCUGCAUCAACUCUGAGCUCACUGAUCAUCAUCAUGUCGCAGCAAACCUGGGGAUAUGAGGCAUGCAAUGGACCCGACCACUGGCACAAGCUCUAUCCCAUCGCUCAAGGAGAUAACCAGUCACCCAUUGACAUUAAAACCCAAGAAGCAAAGACUGACGGUACACUGAAGUCUCUUAGCAUUAACUACAGCUCAUCAUCUAUAAAAUCGAUAGUCAACGUUGGACAUUCUUUCCAAGUGCUCUCUGAAGACAAGGACAACAUAUCAGUGGUGAAAGGUGGACCCCUUCAGGCAACCUAUAGACUGAACCAGUUCCAUUUCCACUGGGGGCCAACCAAUGAUUCUGGGUCAGAACACACCGUGGACGGCAAGAAAUACGCUGCAGAGCUACACCUGGUUCACUGGAAUGCUGAUAAAUAUUCAAGCUUUGCCGAAGCUGCUCAGAAUUGCGAUGGAUGUGCUGUUCUUACUGUCUUCCUACAGGUUGGCAAUGCACACCCAGGACUGCAGAAAGUUGUUGAUGCUCUAAGUCUCAUUAAAACAAAAGGUAAACAAGCCGCUUUUACUAAUUUUGAUGCUGCAACCCUUCUUCCUGCCUCUUUGGACUACUGGACCUACUUUGGCUCUUUGACUCAUCCCCCGCUGCUUGAAUGUGUGACAUGGAUCAUAUUCAAAGAGCCGAUAAGUGCCAGCUCGGACCAGAUAAACCAAUUCCGAAGUCUCCUGUCUUCAGCCGAUGGGGAUACAGCUUGCCCGGUUUUGGUCAAUAAUCGCCCUACGCAGCCAUUGAAGGGAAGAAUAGUCAAAGCUUCCUUUUAACCGAAGAUGGAGAUGUGAUCAGUACACCUACUGCACCUUAUCAAUAUCAUGUAAUCAAUGUAUUUGUAAGUCUGCUUUCUAAACUGCAUCUACAACAAUAAAAUGACAUGCAAAAUAUUUCUGAGCUUA